AUGGAUAAAGGUUUAGGAACAUUAUACCAUAAACUAACUAAUUUCUUUCAUACAAAUAAUUCAACAUCAUCUUCAUCAAAUGUACCUUCUGCAAAUGAAAUUGGUACAUCACUUCCGAUAUCAACAUUUUUUGAUCGAUUAAUACCAUCAUCAGCAACAUCAGCAACUACCACACAUCAGAAUGAACGACGUCAUAAUACUUCACGUAUUUCUCGUCAAAUAUCAAUUAAAACAAAUGACAAUCAAUGUUCACCACAAACUUUUCCAUCUUAUAUACAACAAAAAACAACAUCAAUUAAAAUACCUAAACAACAACAACAACAUGUUGUUGAUGAAGAACGAACGAAAAAUCCUGAACCAACAUCAUCUAUACCAGGAAUGGAUGAUGAAGAAUUUCGUCGUCGUGGAAAAGAAAUGAUUGAUUAUAUUGCUGAUUAUCUACUUCAUAUAAGUGAUCGUCGUGUGACACCUGAAGUUGAACCUGGUUAUUUACGACCAAUGUUACCGAAAAAUGCACCAGAAAAAAGUGAAAAAUGGGAAAAUAUAAUGCAAGAUGUUGAACAAGCUAUUAUGCCUGGUAUAACACAUUGGCAACAUCCACGUUUUCAUGCCUAUUUUCCUGCUGGAAAUAGUUAUCCAUCGAUCCUUGGUGAAAUGUUGUCUUCUGGUCUUGGUAUUGUUGGUUUUUCAUGGGCAGCUAGUCCAGCAUGUACAGAAUUGGAAACAAUCAUGUUAGAUUGGAUUGGUCGUAUGAUCGAUUUACCAGUUGCUUUUCUUCCAUUUGAUCCAAAUCAUGAUUAUGAAGAAAGUGAUAAUGAAUCUUCUUCUCAAACUGAUGAAGAUGAUGACAUAAAUGAAGAUCAUUUACUUAAUUCAGUCAAAAAUGAUGAUGAACAAAAACAAGCUGAACAUAUUGGUGGUGGUGUUAUUCUUGGCUCAGCAAGUGAAUGUAUUCUUGUUGCAAUGUUAGCUGCUCGAACAAAGAAAAUUACCAGUAAACGUCUAACUGAUCCAUUAAUUGAAGAUGGACAAAUUUUAGCGAGACUUGUUUGUUAUACAUCAAAACUGGCACAUUCAUGUGUAGAAAAAGCUGGAUUAAUUGCAAUGGUUCGUGUUCGUCAAUUAGCUGUUGAUGAACAUUUUUCAUUACGUGGUAAAACACUUGAAGAAUGUAUUCGAGCUGAUAAAGAAAAAGGAUUAAUUCCAUUUUUGGUAUCAGGUACAUUAGGUACAACAUCAUGUUGUUCAUAUGAUAAUCUUAAAGAAAUUGGUGAAAUAUGUCAACGUGAACAAUUAUGGUUCCACGUUGAUGGUGCCUAUGCUGGUAGUGCUUUUAUUUGUGAAGAAUUUCGAUAUAUAAUGAAAGGAUUAGAAUAUGCGGAUUCAUUCAAUACAAAUCCAAAUAAAUGGUUAUUAAUGAAUUUUGAUUGUUCAUGUUUUUGGGUUCGAGAUAAAUUUGCAUUGAUUAAUGCAAUGUCUGUUGAUCCACUUUAUCUUCAACAUAAACAUGCUCAACAAGCAGUUGAUUAUCGACAUUGGGGUGUUGCUUUAAGUCGUCGAUUUCGUUCACUAAAACUUUGGUUUACAAUUCGAAGUUAUGGUAUCGAAGGUCUUCGUCAUUAUAUUCGAGAACAUUGUCGUUUAGCAAAAGUAUUUGAAUUAUUGAUUAGUACAGAUUGUCGUUUUGAUAUUAUUGGUGAUGUUACAUUAGGUCUUGUUUGUUUUCGUUUAAAAGGUAGUAAUAAAUUAAGUCAAAAAUUACUUUUAUCUUUAAAUGAUUCGGGCCGUAUACAUAUGGUUCCAUCAAUGGUGAAUGAUUUAUAUAUAAUACGUUUUGCUGUUUGUGCGAAACAUGCAACUGAUGAUGAUAUGCAUGUAGCAUUUCAUAUUAUACAAGAACAUGCUGAUAGUGUUAUUGCUGAACAUCGUGCUCAACGUAAUGGACGACAAUCAGCAUCAGUUGAUUCUCUUGAAUCAGCUAUUAAACAAGCUUCUAUUACAAAUCUUGAUCAAGAUAUAACUGUAUCAGAAGAAGUUAUAAAUCCAGAACCAUCAUUAACAGAAACAAUAUAUUAUCCAAUUACUAAAGUUCGAUCGAAUACGAUAACAACAAUGACACCACAUCAUCGUGUUACAUUUGAAAAACCAAUAUCAAAUUUAUUAAGAGAUAAACGUCCACGUCCAAUGUUUGUUCGCAUGGUAUCUGAUGCAAAAUUAUACUAUCCAAAACGAAAUGCAUCACAAUUAUCUCGACAAACAUCAUUAGUAUCAGCACGAAUGCGAAAACGUAUACAGAGUGAGUCAGGAAAUCAUGCAGCAACACGAUCAUCAAGUGAACGAUAUUUAUCACGUACAGUAAGUAUUUUAGAAACAGUUAAUUCAGAUGAAGGUGAACUUGAAGAUAUUAAAUCAUAA